AUGGAUAUCUAUCUGCACCAUUUUGCCUCUGAAUAUCCCAAUCAAGUGAGGGACCGUGUAGCGUUUAUGCAGCUUGCUCUGCCUUGCGUUCCUCAAUUAAUCAGUUGGACACCGUCCAAGAUCAACGCCAGUGACCAGGACCUCCUCCAAUAUUUUGAGCACGUAGGCAGCAAUGUUCUGCCCAUGUUCGACUCGGGUCGGAGCAGGGUCCGCGAGAUACUGAUGCGGAUGGCGCUCUCAGGCAGCACCCUCGCGUCAAACGCGGUGUGUCAGGCCAUGCUCGCUCUCGCGUCCUUGUACAGGGACGGACUCCAACCACAUGCGGCUCGGCUGAACCUUACAGCACUUCAGUCACUCAUGACCUCGGCAAAGGAUGGCAUCGACGCCGAAGCUGGCAUUCAGCAUAUUGCUGCCGGCAUUCUCCUUGCCUGUUUUGAGAUGCAGCUGAAUUCCAAUGGACAUACCUGGAACUGCCAGUGGGUUGGGCACAUAUGUGGUGCCAAAGGAGUUGUGCAGGCCGUCAAGGAUGGACAGCAUCCCCCAGGAAGUGAUUCUUCCAUCAUGCUGGGCUGGGUCUAUUACUACGACGUGCUCGCCCGGUUCAGCACUCGACACUGGCGCACAGACGUCGUGUCUGAAGUGGUGCCAGAUCCUCGCUUCACCACGAACGGCGGCAACGGCGACAUGCCGUGUGUCACCCAAUAUGCCCUUGCGCGUGCCUCGUUUGCCGCCGUGAUACCACAGAUCUCCCGCCAUGCGCACGAGGUUCUCGGCUUGCUGGGUGAAGUCUGCGAUACGAUUCUGCAUCCCUGGGAUCCACAGUACCAUUCGUUGGAAUAUCAAGAGUACCUGGAUGGCCUCGAAUCCAGACUCACAAACGUAACGCUUACUGGCCCAGCUGAAACCACUGCGGACGAAGAUCUCACCCCCGUUCUGAAGUUGUUUCGGCUCGCAGCACUGAUCUACCUCGAACACACCUCCAGAAACUUCUCCGGUCAGUCCACCAAGCUUGAGACUUGGAUCGACGACGCUUUCUCAAUAUUCGCCGGGAUAGGAACUUGUCGUCAUCCCUUCCCGCUCUUUAUCGUUGGCUGCGAGGCUCGCACCGAUGACCGCCGAAGGGUGAUCCUCGACCUCAUUUCAAAAACGCAACAGGACCCGCAGGUACGAAGCUUCAAAGAGGUGGGAGCCUUGGUCCAGGCUGUCUGGGUGCAAGAUGACCUGGAAGUCGAUGGCCAUGUCGAAUAUAUGCGGAAGGUGAAUUUGGCCAUAAGCACAUUCGACGCCGUCCCUAUCCUCGUAUAG